AGACUGCUUUUCAGUUUCAUUACCUGAGUUUCUGUUCAGUCUGUGAAGUCACAGCAGCCAGAUCGAUAACACAGUAACUCUUCUUCAUCUUCAUCUUCAUCUUCAUCUGGACCUUCUUCCUCUCAGAGCAGGGUUUGUGAUUUCACUAUGAGCAGCUCUCUUCACUCCAGACUGCAGAAGCUGCAGAGUCGCUUCACCUGGGAUCUGAAGGAGGAGGACAUGGACCUGGAAAACCUCAGCAUUCGACUACAGGAGCAUAUAGACCUUCAGCUGGGACAGCAGAGUGCAGUGGCUUUGUCCUACAGCUUCUUGGCUUAUGUCAGGUAUCUUCAGGGUCGACGACAGGAGGCGAUGUCACUUCUCAACCAAUCAGAGGAGAAGACCAGGGAGUGUUACGGUGAGGAGAGUGAGCGGCGGCUCAUCGUGACGUACGGAGACCAGGCCUGGCUGAAAUACCACACAGGAGACUACAAACAGUCACAUAGUUACUGCCAGAGGGUGGACGACAUCCUGGUGAAGUAUCCUGCUGGUUCUACCACAGUUCUCCACCCAGAGGUAUAUGGAGAAAAAGCUUGGACCUACCUUAAGUGUUUGAAUUCUUACUACCCCAAAGCCAUUGACUGUUUCCGCAAAGCGUUAGAGCUGCAGCCUGAUGACAGCGAGUGGAACGCUGGCUGCGCUAUUGCCCUCUACCGCACAGAACCGAGUGAUUUAGAAACAUCCCAGGAAGAUGAGGAGUCACCGGCCAUCAAACAGCUUCGGCGAGCCCUGGAGAUCAACCCUGAUGAUGGUGUUCUGCUGUCGAUGCUGGCUCUGAAGCUGACCGCCCACAAGAAGCACCAAGAGGCUGAAGCCCUGGUAGAGAGAGCGCUGGAGAAGGAUCCUGACAACCCUCAUGCAAUUCGCUACAUAGCCAAAUAUCUUCGCAUUCAGGGGGAGGAUAGGUGGUCUAUUGAUCUGCUGAGGCGAGCACUGAAGAGGACCAACCAGUCAGCUUUCAUCCACCACCAGCUGGCUAUGUGCUACAAGAAAAAGCAGCAUAAAUGCAAGACCAGCAAGGCCUUCAACAAACAAGAGGUGAAGCAGUGGAAGCAUCUGCGUAUUCAACACCUGGAAGAAGCCGUUAAGAUAAAGCCUUCAUUUGUUGUCGCAAUUGCUGAUCUGGCACUGCUGCAUGGACAGGAAAUGAAUUUAAGCAGGGCUGAGGAGCUGUUCCAACAGGCAUUUCAGAAUUUAGCAACGGACAAAGGCGCUACUCAGGCUUUCCAUCUGAACUAUGCUGACUUUUAUCUCUAUCACACCAAACAGGAAGCUAAAGCGAUCCCUCACUACAUUGAGGGUCUGCGUUUAACACAGGACACAUGGGAGUGGAACAGUGCGUUAUGGUCUGGUCAGGACUCUGGGUUUGCCUUUACAGAGAGUGGCUCCAAUAACCAGAAGCUGAAGAUGAUCGCAGAGCGGCACCUCUCCUAUGACAAGAACGACGCCCAGUCUUACGGCCUGUUGGGUCUGGUGGCCAAAGCUGAAGGCAAAAAGAAGAAAGCUGAGGAGUUCUAUGAGAAAGCUCUGGACUGUGACGAAAACAACGAUGAGUACCUGUCUGCUCUCUGUGAGCUGCGCAUGGAGCUGCAGUGAUGAAGCACAGAGAUCAGAGCCCCGUUUCAGAAAGCAGGUUCAACAAACUCUGAGUGUAAACCUGAACUCUGAGUGGGCAAACUCAGAGUUUGCCGUUUCAGAACAGCUGAUCAGAAUAAGUUCAGUCAACCCUGAGUAUAUUGAGCCUGAUUGAAGCGCGUGCGUGGGGAUGAAAAAAAGCCUCAUCAAUGGAGCUCCGAUACUACAAUUCACCAUGGCAACGGGUAAAUAAAGGCAGAGCCUCCAUUUUAAUUGGGUGGAGCUAGAAAUAUGAA